GAGAACGCGAGGUAAAAGCUAGGUGGAUUAUAGUGAUGUAUCGAUCGGCUGGGGUCAUUUGAGGUCACCAAAGUUCACACAGCAUCGCGUGGUUCACGAACUCAAAAAAUCCACAUAUAUUAAUAACCAAGAUGAUUGGGGCUAUGCCAGCAGUUGCUGUCCGCCACGAGCGUAGAAGACAAGAGAAAAGACUAAAAAGACCAAGCCAGCUUUAUCUAAGUGGACAAUGGAUGCCACCACUUCAAGGAUCUCCACCAACUCCUAGUCCCCAUGGACAAAAUAGUCAUCUUGACCCUCUUCCUGAGCUUUAUCUAUGCGGCAAAAUAUCUGUGUUACAUGCUAUCGUGAUAUGUUUGCUGCUGGGUGCAAUAGUGUUGGUGGUUGGACUAGUUCAGUUGGCUCCUGGAGCAACGACCACAGACCACAGACUUGCAUUACUGAUAGCUGGAGCGACUUUACUGCUAUGUGGUAUUGUACUUGCUGGAGUGAGAUGUUAUGUUCUCCAUUGCAUACCUUUGCCAGAAUCACCAGUAGCAACGCCAUUGCCACCAUCAAACACAACAGAUCAAUCAUCAGUUGCAAAGGGAACACUUGACCUACUUGUUGGACAUGAAAAUCCACCGGAAACAGAACAAAUGAUUCAUCACCACCACCAUCAUCACCAUCAUCAUCGUCAUCAUGGCAAUCACAAAGAAAAACGUAGCUCCCAAGGCUCCCAAGCCGAAUCAGCCUAAAAUUUCGCAAAAUAAUUAGAACUUAAAGUCUUAUAAAAAAUGAAACUUCCAAAACUGUGUUGACGGGUAAAUAUUUAAAACUAGAGUUAUAUAGUUAAGCAGUCAACAAAACUCGUACUGAACUCUUGAAAUAUUAAAUCUACACAUUAGAGAAAUUAAUUAAAUUUUUCGAGUGUUCAAAUAUUUAAAAGAUAUUUAAAAAAAUGAAAAAUACAAAUUAAUGGAACAAAAAAAUAAAUAAAUAAAAUUCAUGGAAAUGAUAAAACCACGGAUUAGCUAAAAGUAUAAAUGACGAAGGCGAUGUUUCGUCAUUUCUUUUAACUUUUAUAACUUUCUAUACAUCUAUAAAUAUAUACAUAUAUAUAAAUAUAUAACAUGUUAUAACAUUCUCAACACUAUUAUUUUAUUUGCACAUAAAAUUGUGUAUAUUUAUGUAUCCUUAAUGUAUACAUAUCAAUAUGUAUGUAUAUUAAUAAGGAUUCAAGUAAUAUGAAUUUGAUUGUAUGCAUUAUAUGUAUAUAAUCAAAUAAUAUUGUAAGUGUGUGAUGCUUCGAAGAUAAAUCUGAAAUCAAAGUUUUGUAUGAUAUUUUUUUUUUUCUUAUUCGACUCGAAAUGUUCGAUUGGGACAGCAUAGAUAUAUAUCAAUGGUUUUUUAACGUUUUUAUCAUAUGCGAAAAAUAAAAUUCAUUUUUUCGUCACAUGUAGAGGAUAAUUAAUUCAGGACAAAAAAUAUUAAAAUACAAAAUAUGUCAAAUAUAAUUCUAAACAAAUCGGUAAUACAAAUUAAUUAUUAAGAUAAUCGAUGAUAAAUUAUUUUAUCAUUUUCACCAGUGCAGCGUUGAUUAUUCUAUACCAAAAUAUCCUAGUCUUUCAAUUUAUUGUAUCCUAUAUGACACUAAAAUUAAAAAAAAAAUUCUUAAAAAAAAUGUGUCUUAGCGAUGGAAUUAUUUUAUCAGAAUUUUUUUAUAUAGAUAAUAAGAUGGAUUAUUUACACAAUCAGUGUAAUAAUAAGUGUGAAUUUUCCUUAUUUAUAAGAAACUGAGGAAAGUAAAUACAUAAUUACCUGUUGGAAUAAAGAAAAUGAAUGAUAUAUAAAUUGAAUGUAAUUUUAAUCAUUUAUAUAA